AUGGAGAGCCCGGACACGCAGUCUUCAACGCCGGGUAAAUCGUCAGCCACUGGCCAGGCAGAUACUGGUGCUGGGCCUCUGGCACUCUCACCGGGUGACGACGCGCGAGAUAAUGGUCCUGACGUGUUUGAAAGGCGAAGUUCUGCAGACUCCAACACUGCCGGUGAUGGACAAGGAGACGAAGGCUUUGUGCUCUCUCGGAGCGUGAAAAAUCCAUCCGAAGAGCUUCCUAUCGAACUUGUUAGCUUGACGGACCGGCAAGUCGGCCAAGUACCCCAUAAAUGCUUUGAAAUGCUUUCUCUAACAUUUUUCAACCAGAUUUAUCAACUCAUUGAGCGCCAAAUCUUCUACAGCCGGGCGGAAUCUCAUAUCGCCACACACAUCUCCGCUCUUGCAUCUCGUAUAAAUCGCGACCCGGUCCCAGUCCAGUCAAAACCUCGGGCUGGUGCUUUAUCAGUCUUAGCCAGCAAACGCUCCCAGGACGAUGUUCGAAAUGGUGGCACCGGUCGGCAAAUGCUGACUGCAACAGAGGUUGCAGAGCGACGGAAAGCGCGUAAGGCACUUGAAUAUAAACGGGUUGCUUUAGAGGAAGCAGCGGAGCGCAGAGUGUGUGAGCUUGUUUACGACAAGAUCUGGAGACAUAAAAGCACGCUAGACGAAGUGCGAGAUGAGAAACUGCGUUCGAAGACUGCGGCCUUACUUCUGGUUGGGAUCAACCUGAAAGACUUGGGUAUUGAUAUAGAUCUUGAAGCGAUCGAUGACGAAAAACAGCAUGAAGCAAAUGAUUGCCUUGCACAGGCCCGAGACUUCCUUGCAAAGAUGAAUGAAGAACGAUAUCCUCUGGGCAAACUUCAACAACUAGCAGCGGCUCAUAAAGCAAUCGUUGAUGCCUUGACAAAACUUCUUCCUUCCUCGUCCUCCGCAGACGAGAUUCUACCUACCUUGAUAUACUCUCUUGUCACUUGUCCACCCGAUGGAAUCAGCAUUAUCAGCAAUUUGCUGUUCAUUCAACGGUUCAGAUCUUCCAACAAGAUCGAUGGCGAGACAGCAUACUGCUUGACAAAUCUUGAAGCUGCCAUAAGUUUUUUGGAGAACGUUGAGCUGUCUAGCCUACGUGCAGAUGAGAUGCAAGAGGGUCCUCUAAAGACUCCAAGUGAAACAGCAACUCCGUCAUCAGAGCGACUCGACCCUUUUAAGCCGUCAAAAGAAACUACCACGUCAUCUGUUACGGCAGUUUCUGCGGCACCUGAAAUAAUGAAACCAGAAUCCAAAGAGCAGCUUUCUUCCACACUACCUCGUCCUCGUCCAUCUCCAGCUCCACAGCAACGACGACUUAGCAACCUCUUCCAGCCUCCGGCUAAGGUUCUCGAGGCCGCCAACGAUGCAGUUCGCAAUACAGCAGAUCAAAGUCUCAAGAAUAUUGGUGCUUCAUUGGAUAACAGUUUCAAUUUCCUCUUUGGCCGCCUCAAGGAAAUGCAGAUCAAUCAAGGGCCAAAUUCGGCCGGAGAUGGUCCUGUCGUUCCGAAAACUUUGGCAGAUGCUCGCCGUUUAGUCGCCAAUCCACCUGCCAAUCAACAAAAUCUUACGUCGGAGGAAAUUGAAUCGCUCAAUGCCCUAUCUAGUGAGGACGCAGCGCGCAACAGUCAAAGGAUUACAGGGCUAUCCAGUGGGGGUCGAACGCCGCGAGAUCGAAGCGUUGAUAGUGCAAGAACCCAAGCAAGCAGCAAGAAGUCCAUUGCUAAUUCACUGCGAGACGAACCCGCUCAGUCUCCGACCGCUGCCAUGACCCCCAACCCAUUGGAAUCCAUGCGGAAUUUCGGUAACACGCUCAAUCCUCUCAAUCACAUCCCAGGGAUGAUCAAGAAUUUUGGCCGUGGUACACCUGAAACGCCGAAUGCCAGGUCUCUUUCCCCUGCAGCGGUAGAUCGCUUGAGGAUAUCACCCACUUCAGGUGAUUCCGGAGCCGGUGUUGCUAAUUCGUUAUCUGGAUCUCCAUUGAGGGCCGAACCCCCCAUUCAACGAUUUAUUGAGAUGCAAGACGUUCGUGAUCUUCGUGUUGGGGACAUAGCUGUUCUACUAGAAGAUUACAAACGGCUGGCCGCCGCACUUUCAAAAGCAGGAGCAGGGUCUAGAUAG